ACAAAUUGCAGCUUGGAAAUCCUGCCCCACUGCAUCGUGCAUCGAUGCUUCGCCUCGUCGGCGAGCGCAUCUUUCUCGGCGACGCCAUGGCCACCCUCACCGCCGCCUCAGCCUCGAACGCCGCCGAUUCCAGCUUCUUCAUCUGCUUCGGCAUCUCCGCCUCCGUCUUCUUCAUCUGCUACUGCCGGGGCCUCGCCGAGGAAGUCCGCCGCGUGGGCGCAGAUAAGAAUCGCGAGCUCCAUGAGGGGGUUUCUACAAAUCGCGAAUAAAAAUCGGGAUCCACAUGAGGGGUGUUUCAGCAAAAAGGGGGUUUUCUGCAAAUAUUUGGAUCGCGAUUAAUGAUCCCUAUCCAAAUUAGGGGUCCUUUUGCAAAAUAUGAGGGUUUUUUCUUUUGAGAAAAGCUAGCACUUCUUUCGUGCCUUCCUCCAUCCGUCGGACUUCCCGAUCUCUUCUCCCAAGUCCCGCCGCCGCCGCCGCCAUGCCGCACCUUGUCCGCGAGCGCCUCUUUUUCGGCGACAUUAACGACGCCAUCGAUGCCCUUACCACCGCCGCCUCCACCAACUUCACCCACGUCCUCUCCGUCGUCAGCUCCGCCUCCAUCUCCUUCAUCACCGACUGCCGCCCUGGCCUCGCCAUCCCUACCGAGGAGGUCCACCGUGUGGUAUCCGGCGAGGAGGGUGCGCCGGCUGUCUCCGCGGUGCCCCCCGGGCGGCUGAUGCGGGUGGUGGAGCGCACCGGGGACGGGCUUCGGAUCACGCGGAUGGCCGUGCCGCUGCGGGACACGGAGGAGGAGGACCUGCUCGACCACCUCGAGCCGUGCCUUGACUUCAUCGACGAGGGUAGGGAGGUGGGGAGUGUCCUUGUCCAUUGCUUUGCCGGGGUUUCCAGGAGUGCUUCCAUCAUUGUUGCUUAUCUUAUGAGAUCAGAGCGGAAAUCUCUUGAAGAAGCAUUAGAAUCUUUGAAGGAAAUUUCUGAGUUGGCGUGCCCGAAUGAUGGUUUUCUUGAUCAGUUGAAAUUCUUUGAAGAAAUGGGCUUCAAAGUUGACACUUCAAGUCCUUUGUACAAGCAAUUCCGCUUAAAAUUAUUAGGUCAAUCGUACAAAUUUGGGGAGAAAAUAGGCAGCUAUAUGUUUAAAGAUGACCCUGGCCUUUAUCCACAAUCUGGCUCUUGUCAAGAUCCUUCAAAGGAGGAACAACAUAAAACAGCUUACCGCUGCAGGAAAUGCAGGAGAAUUAUUGCUGUGCAGGACAAUGUUGUAAGUCAUGUUCCUGGUGAGGGUGAAUCUUGCUUUGACUGGAACCGAAGGAAGAGUGAUCGUCCAUACAACAAAGAACAAGAUUGCUCGUCUUUAUUUGUCGAGCCUCUGAAGUGGAUGACUGCAGCAGUAGAAGAUGGUGCUUUGGAGGGGAAGCUAUCAUGCAUCCAUUGCGGAGCACGUUUGGGAUACUUCAACUGGUCAGGAAUACAGUGCAACUGUGGCAGCUGGGUUACCCCUGCGUUCCAAAUCGUGAAGAGCAAGGUUGAUAUCAGCACCAUCUAGAUCGUAAGGAGACCAGCCAAGUCCAGGGCUACCAUUGGGGAAGUAUUGAGGGAUGUGACAAAGCUAGCGCCUCGUAGUUUAAGAUUUCGUGUACAAUGUGUACGCAACAUAUACAGUGAAGCAAUAACAUAUUUGUAUAUGUUGCCAUUGCUGAUCAGAAGCUGUGCACAGCAACGAUUGUACAAAACCACGCAUUUUCUGAUGUAUACAAAUUGCUGUGAGAUCAGUCGUCUAUAGGGCUGAAAACAGAUCGAAUAUAUGUCGGGCAUAGUCUAAGCGUAUUUGCGUUGUUUCAGCAAAUGCGAAUAUAAAUGCAGUUUGAGCGCUAUGAUAUGACUCUAUUUGUUUUUGCAA